AUGGGAGGAGGUGAGCAGGAGAAGCCCGCGCUGGAACAGUACGGCGUGGACUUGACAGCCAAGGCUCGCGAGGGUAAGCUGGACCCGGUAAUUGGGCGAGACGCAGAGAUCCAGCGUACAAUCCAGAUCCUGUCUCGGCGGACAAAGAACAAUCCGGUCCUCAUCGGAAAUGCGGGAACUGGCAAGACGGCCAUCCUGGAGGGACUCGCAUUGCGUAUCGUGCGUGGGGAUGUCCCCGAGAGUGUCAAGAACAAGCGCGUCAUCUCCUUGGAUCUCGGCUCGCUGAUUGCCGGAGCCAAGUUCCGGGGCGACUUUGAAGAGCGGCUGAAGAAGGUGUUGGACGAAGUGCAGAAGGCCGAAGGCCAGGUGAUUCUCUUCAUCGACGAACUACACACCCUGCUGGGACUGGGCAAAGCCGAAGGCUCCAUCGAUGCCUCCAACCUGCUCAAGCCGGCACUGGCCCGUGGCGAACUGCAAUGCUGCGGUGCGACUACCCUUGCCGAAUAUCGUGUCAUUGAAAAGGACGUGGCGCUCGCCAGACGUUUCCAGCCCAUCAUUGUUAGCGAGCCCUCCGUAGAAGACACCAUCAGCAUCUUGCGAGGUAUCAAGGACAAGUACGAGGUCCACCACGGUGUACGGAUCACGGAUGGUGCCUUGGUUGCUGCCGCUUCCCUGUCUAACCGAUACAUCACGGAUCGAUUCCUCCCGGAUAAGGCCAUCGAUUUGAUGGACGAAGCCGCGAGUCACCUGAAGCUGCAACAUGAAAGCAAGCCCGAAGAGAUUAUGAAGUUGGACCACAAGAUUAUGACAAUCCAGAUUGAAUUGGAGAGUCUACGCAAAGAAACAGACAUUGCGAGCAAGGAACGCAGAGAGAAACUGGAACAGGAUCUCAAGAAGUACAAGGACGAACUUUCAGAGCUCAACGCGAGGUGGGAAAAGGAGAGAUCGGAAAUCGAGUCCGUCAAGAAGGUGCAGGAGGAGCUGGACAAGGCCAAGUUCGAGCUCGAACAAGCGCAGAGAAGCGGCAACUUUGCUCGAGCCUCUGAGCUUCGCUUCGGCGUCAUCCCCGAUCUCGAGCAGAAACUGCCGUCCGACAAGGAAAUUCAGCAAAGCUCUGACAACAGCACGCUCAUCCACGACUCAGUGACCGCCGACGACAUUGCCAAUGUCGUGUCUCGCAUCACCGGCAUUCCCGUCUCGAAGCUCACUUCGGGACAUAUUGAGAAGCUUGUCCACAUGGAGGACAUUCUGCGGGAAUCCGUCAAGGGACAGGACGACGCCAUCAAAGCCGUCUCCAACGCCGUGCGGCUCCAGCGGGCCGGCCUCAGCGGCGAGAACCGCCCCCUGGCCUCAUUCUUCUUCCUCGGACCGACUGGCGUUGGCAAGACGGAGCUGUGCAAGAAGCUGGCCAACUUCCUCUUCUCGACCGAAUCAGCCGUCGUCCGGUUCGACAUGUCGGAAUUCCAGGAGAAGCACACCAUCUCUCGCCUCAUUGGCGCUCCGUCCGGCUAUGUUGGAUACGAAGAUGCUGGGCAGCUGACGGAAGCGGUGCGUCGCAAGCCGUAUGCGGUCCUUUUGUUCGACGAGUUCGAAAAAGCGCACCGCGACAUUUCUGCUCUGCUUCUCCAGGUUCUCGACGAGGGUUACCUCACCGAUGCGCAGGGCCACAAGGUCGACUUCAAGAACACCAUCAUCGUCCUCACCUCCAACCUGGGAGCGGAUAUCCUCGUCGGCCAGAACCACCUGCACCCGUACAAGGAGGACGCCAACGGCGACAUUGACCCAUCGGUCCGCCAGGCAGUCAUGGACGUGGUCGCGUCCGCUUACCCGCCAGAGUUCCUCAACCGCAUCGACUCCUUCAUCAUCUUCAAGCGGCUGGCCAAGAGCGCCAUUCGCGAAAUCGUCGACAUCCGCCUCAAGGAGCUGCAGCAGCGUCUCACUGACCGGCGCAUCACGCUCUCCGUGUCGGACGAUGUCAAGGACUGGCUGGCGGAGCGUGGCUACGACCCCAAGUUUGGAGCCCGUCCGCUGAACAGGCUAAUUACCAACGAGAUCAGCAACGGGCUUGCCGACAAGAUCAUCAGGGGCGAACUCAAGAUGGGACAGACGGCGGAGGUCAAGCUGAAGGACGACAAGGAGGGGCUGGAGAUUGUGAAUGUCUCCGAGAAUGCUUGA